AGGCGUGUCCCAGGCAGAGAGACGCUGUGGAUCUGUGUCGGAUCCGGUGCGCUUGGAGAGCAGAGCAGCAACAGAAACCACCUCAGACUUUUAUUUUGUAGAGCUUUUAUUUUUUAAGUUUGGAUCAAACUUUUAAACCUGACACCUUCCUCCUCCUCCUCCUCCUCCUCCUCGCUGUGGAUGUAGGCCGGGUGUGUUCCUCAGCGCGCAGUCCGCCGUGGAGGUGGCGCAGAGACGCAUGGAGACGCGCAGGAUGAGCCGGGUGUUUUAUUACUAGAGUUGUAUCAGGACAGGAGACGAGCCGAGCUGGUGUGAUGAAGGAUCGCCUGGCUGAGCUGAGCGCUAGCAGGACACAAGCAGAGGAGGAUGUUGCAGUCGCAGUGGACAGAGAUGGAUUCAUGGAGGGCUUCUUCAGGAGGGUGGAGGAAGUCCGAGGACUCAUUGACAAGAUCUCCCACCAGGUUGAAGAGGUGAAGAAGAUCCACAGCAUGAUCCUGUCUGCACCCCACCCAGACGGCAGAACAAAAGAUCAACUCAACGCGCUGACCAGCGAUAUCAAAGGCAACGCCAACGUGGUGCGGACCAAACUCAAAUCCAUGGAGCACAGCAUGCCCAAAGAUGAUGUCGUGAACAGAUCCUCUGUUGACUUCAGGAUCCAGAAAACACAGCACACGGUGCUGUCCAGGAAGUUUGUGGAGGUCAUGACACAGUACAACGAGACUCAAGUGUCCUUUCGGGAGAGGAGCAAAGGAAGGAUCCAGAGACAGCUGGAGAUAACCGGAAGAGUGAUGACCAAUGAGGAACUGGAGGACAUGUUAGAAAGUGGAAAUCCAUCAAUCUUCACCUCUGAUAUCAUCUCUGAUUCGCAGAUCACACUUCAGGCCCUGAACGAGAUUGAGUCACGACACCAGGACAUCAUGCGCCUGGAGUCGAGCAUCAGGGAGCUCCACGCGAUGUUCAUGGACAUGGCGAUGCUGGUAGAAACUCAGGGGGAAAUGGUUAACAACAUCGAGAAGAACGUCUCCAACGCAGCCGAAUACAUUUGCAGUGCAAAGGAGGAGACCAAAAAAGCUGUGAGAUACCAGAAGAAAUCCAGGAGGAAAUACAUUAUCAUUGCCUUUGCUCUGCUGAUCCUGCUUGCUGUCAUUGCACUAAUUGUUGGCCUGUCUGUUGGACUAACCAAACCACCUGUGUGAGAUCUACCCUGAUCACUGCUCUGAGAAACUUCUCUGCAUUGCCACGUGCGUGGCUGCAGUCUCCCUCCUUUUACUCAUCAUAAUAGUCGGAGUCUUUGAGUGAUGGGUUUUCGUGGUUCCCAACCUCGCGGACGUCAGCUGUAGUCGGCUCCUGUAGUGGUGGAAACUCACUCAGAACAGCUUCAUAACAAGUCAUUCACUAUCCAGCAGCAUUACGGAGAGGAUCUGUCGCCUACAGUGAACAUAAAACUGUGUGAUCCACUUUGCACCAGUAACGUCCGACCUCAUGAUAACUGAACUGUACAGCUAGAAUAUGUUGUGAUGUAACGAACGCUGACAGCACAUCAGAUUGUUGGUAUACGUUCUGUAUUGCUGCCAUUCUGUCAUGUCGGUUUAAUGACCUUAAAGGAAUGCUUCGACAUUUUGGGGAAAUUAGCUUUAUUAGCCUUCCUGCCGAGCCUGAGAUGAGAAGAUUGACACCACUCUCAUGUCUGUACGGUGAAUAUGAAGCUAUCACCAGCAGCCACAUAGCUUAGAAAAAAAUAUAUAAUAAAAUAAUAAUAAUAAAAUAUAAAGACUAAAGCAUAAAGACUGGAAACGAAAGGGAAACGGCUAGCCUGGCUCUGUCCACAGGUAACAGAAAUGACACGUUAAAGUGAACAACAUGUAUGUUUGUGUACAGAUUAAACAGACGAGAUGUAAUGUGGCUGAUGUCGUUACCUUUGCAUAGACACAAGGCUAGCUGUUUCCCUUCGUUUACAGUCAUUGUGCUAAGCUAAGCUAAUGGGACGCUGCCAUAUUCCGUGUAAAGGUGCGACAGUGGCGUCUUCUCUUCGAACUCUUCGAGGAAAGUGAAUAAUUUGAAACAUUUUUCCCAAAAUGUCAAACUAUUGCUUUAAAUAUUCAAAAUAUAUCGUGACGAUUGUAAUUCUCUUUAUGAAUCUGAUUGUAUAAUUCGUGUUUACAUGUUCAAGUGUAUGCCCCAUCUGUUCUUGUCCUUUUGUAUAUUUACUGUAAUUCAUGUGAAUUGAAUGUAAAACUUCUACGCCUCAGGAGUCCUUUAGAAAUCUAAAAAACACUGUAAACAUUUUUAGUUAACUGUGUCUCAAUCAGAAGAAAUAUUUUCAGAUCAAUCGCUUCAUUUGUUUAAUUUGAAAUCUUAUAAAAGUGCCUUCUCGAGAUUGAAUAUAAUAUAAAAACCUGUAACUUAUUGAACUGUAUUUAUCAUGAUCACAGUGUGUGUGAUGACUGAAAUAUUCGCUGUGAAAAAAGUCACGUAGGGCUCUUGGAUGAAGUUAUUUCAGGAGCACACAUUUUCAUUUUGAUAUUGAUGAUUGAUCAUUUUUAUUUGUAAGUUAUGUCUUGUGUUUUAUAUUGAGACAGGAUCAUUAAGUCAUGUAAUUAAAAAUAAAUAAAGAGUAAAAAAA